ACUGUGUCACUGGUCCAUGUGCUGCUGUUGUCAGGGAAACCCAUUACGUUGUACCGGCUCACCUUCCACUACUGGAGCUGCACUGAAUAUUUUAUCGACUCUCCUAACCUCUUUUCAUCCUCCUCGUCCCUGUGUGCGCAUAUCUUUGUACAGUAGAAGGAAAUGCUAUGUGAUGUAAUUCUCCUGGCAGAUUUGCAGAUGAGAUCUAGGGGACUAUAAAGACGGGAGGUGGGGUGUGUGUGUGUGGAGACAGCAGAUGCAGCAUCCUCCUGAGGAGUGCAGGAGUCACUUGUGCGGUUCUUACAGACCUCUGCGGAGCCAGUCUCAUGGAUUAAGUCUUCUUUUCUAAGCCACACCACCAGAGAGCUCAUCCUCAUCCUCACUCUCUCUGCUCGCUGGUCCUCUGAGCUGCUGCAUUUGUCUGCAUCCCUUUCCUUCUUCUGCACUGCACUGGGUUUAUUCUUGACUCAUCAUUUUUUUUUUUUUUUUUUUUCCUUUCUUUGGCCGUCCUCAAAAUUACUUUAUUUUUGUAUCAUCUGCAAACCUUUUCAGCUUCAAAGUACCUCGUUUAACAUGGCUAUGGGUAUUUAUCUGUAAGAUACCUGCAUCUUCCUGAAGAAGAGCGCUGUUAGGGGUGACCCUGACCUCCAAAGUCCUCCGGAACAGUUCCCUAUCUCCUUUGGGUGGGGUGGGAUGGGCAGGGCUCGGGUGAGUUAGCCUGGGGGCUCGAGCAGUUGCAACAGGGCAGGCGAUGCCGGAUAGGAAAGCAAAAGGAGGUGGAGGAAGUGGAUCACCCAGAGACAAGUGGAAGCUGAGGAAGAGAGGCAGCCGGCUGACGAUUCAACCGCUCUUUACCAUCACUGAGGAAGAGGAGGUACAGAGACGGAGGGAGGCAGGCAGGAAGAAGAAACGAGCAUCUUACUCCCAGUACAGGUCUGAGGAUGGUCGAGGGUCUUCAGCCUCUGGGCAGACCUACUCCCCCACUGGGACACCUAUACCCCCUCCCAUUCCUAAUCGGACCACCAGCAAAAACACAAGUACUUAUGCUGCUACCAAAACAGACUCGUUGCUCUUUAACAAGAUUGAUGAGAGACACAGGCUGGCCCGUGAGCGCAGGGAGGAGCGGGAAAAACAGAAUGCUGCCAAGGAGGCCCAGUGGCAGGCGCGCGAGGAGAGAGCGAGGCAGCACUAUGAGAAACAGUUGGAGGAGAGGAAGAAAAAACUGGAAGAGCAGCGGAUCAAAGAGGAGAAAAGACGGGCCGCUGUGGAGGAGAAGCGAAGGCAAAAACAAGAGGAGGACCGGGUGCGUCAUGAGGCAGUGAUACGCCGCACGCUGGAGCGGAGCCAGAAAACCAGACCAAAGCAAAACCGCUGGUCCUGGGGAGGAGCGCUGCACACCAACACUCCAAGCAUACCAGCUGGUUUUGUGGAGUCUGCUUUCCUCUGUCCACUCGACCUUGCUGGACUGGAGCACAUGCAAAGUGCUUUCAGUUUCUACCGCAGAUACGGAUUGACGUCCCACUAUGCUGACAGAAGGUCGGUGUCCACCGUGAAUUUAUCCAAACACACGGAUCCCAUCAUUACCAAGCGCCUCUCCUCCUCGUCUGCCACACUGCUGAACUCGCCUGACAGAGGCUUACAGAUGAGAACAGCUUCCACCCCUGUAAUAAGCAAAGCUCAGUCCAAACCCCGCCUACAUCAGGGGAAGACCACGCAGCACAAAAACACAGGACUCCGCCGACUUCCGCUGACGCCAUGGGAGAGCAGCAUGGUGAACCGUCUACAGCAGCCAACACACUCAUACCUGGCCCGGAGCCGCAGCGCCAUGAGCUUGUCUGGAGAGCAGUCAGCCAUGCCUGUGUGUCCUCGCUCAGUUUCCUGCCACCCCAUGGGCGCCGUGUCAUUCAAGACCCUGCAGGCCCAAGUGCUCCCUCACUGUCGCAGCCAGGACAGGAACCUGAGCAGAGAGAAAGCUUCGCCGGCCUCCGCCGCCACUCGGAGGAGGACCACAGGGACUAUGCAGCAUAAGGACCGUGACAGCGUCAGGAAGUCUUGGAGCAACCUGUCCCUUCCACUGGCUCCUGUUCUGACGUUACCUCCCAAUAAGUCCUCCAUUUCUUCAGGCAAAAAGUCCAACAAAGCAACACCACCCUCUGCUGGCAGACCUCCACAGAAGACGCUGGGACGUCCCCCAACUCCCAAGCUGCUUAAAUCUCCCGUUUCAGAUGAUCCCGGAAACCUUCGUCCUGUCAGGGUCACACCUGAGCACUCCCAACCCUCAACGCCAACAGCAGCUCCGAAGGAAGAAGGAGAAGAAGAGGAAGAAGGGAAGAUUUUCAGUCCUCCUCAACCCAGACCUCAGCCACUGGGUGAGAACAAUCCCCCGAGUGAGGCACCAGCUGAAGUCAACGAAACUACAAGCAGUCCUCCAACUCAGAAACCUUCAGCUGGCACCACAGAUCCAGAGGAGGCCAGUCGGAUCCUGGCCGAAAAACGGCGGCUGGCCCGGGAGCAGAGGGAGAGAGAGGAGGAGGAGCGGAGGCAACGAGAGGAGCAGGCGAGAUUAGCAAAGGAGGAGAUGGCCCGCCGUAAAGCGGAAGAGCGAGCGAAGAGAGAAGAGGAGGCCCAGCGUCUGGCAGAGGAGAGGAGAAGGCAGGAGGAGGAGGAGAGAAAAGCUGAGGAGGAGAGGCUUCAGAGGGAGAGAGAAGAGGCAGAGAGACUCCAGAAACAGAAAGAGGAGGAGGAGUCUCGAUUGAGGGAGGAGGCAGAGCGACUGAGGCAGGAGAGGGAGAAGCACUUUCAGAAGGAAGAAGCAGAACGAUUGGAGAGAAAAAAGCGUCUCGAGGAAAUCAUGAAGAGAACCAGACGCUCAGACACAUCAGAUAAGAAAGUCAGGACCGGAGACGGCGCAGUGAGCCCUGGUUCUCCUGCAGCACCUGCAGCCACCGUGCCUCAGACAAACAGCAACAGUCACCAACCUGACCUCAGCCCACAUCCCAGCACCACUCCUCUGAGCCAUCCUGACCAGAGGGAGAACGGGGCGUUCGAAGAGGUGAUCCCGCUGCCUUCACAUUCCAGGUUGUCUCCUCCUGAAGGAGAGGAGGAGCAGCAGGAGACGGAGGAAGAGGAGAGUAAAGUUUCUGUCGUAGCCUUCAUGGAGAACGGUCUUCUAAAGCCUCUGAGUGCAGUUGAAGAUCUAUCAGCCCAGCAGGGACCAGAUGUAGCCUGAAGCCGCUUUGGAGCGUGACGACUCCACAGCCAUGGAGACGGGAGAAGCACUCGGAAAGAGGCAGAGAACCAUGGAGCUCUGAAGACUGAACCAAAGGAGAGAUUAGCAGCACCAUAUUUAUAUUCUCUUUCUCCUGUGGCUGAAAACGCCAUUGCCAUGUCCCGAAACCGGUGUCUCCAAAGAACUCCAAACAAACAAACAAAAAAAAACAGACAACCUUUCCAAGAGAAGUGUCUUUUCCUUUAGGAAACUCAGGCAGAGUUCAUUUUCUCGGUGACAUUCGGUCUUAUCUUCUUGUUCCCGCCCAGUUCUCCGACGCCCCAAAAUCACAAGACAACUUCAACUCCUGAGAUUGAGUGAAGAAAAAUUUAUUAAUUUUGUAAACUGAGAUUACCUUUUCAUUCUCCAACCGUGAUACUUGAAGCAUUUUUGCUGUAGAUGUUCUUUAAUCUAAUUUUCAGCGUCUGCAAUGCGAAAGGAAAA